AUGAAUUUGUCCGACGAGGUGGUGCGCGGCGCAACUGUCCUGCACCGUGGCCAGAUGAUGUGGCCUCCACCAGUAACAGUCAAUCCUUCCCCGGUGAAACCAAAGGAGGUGACUGAAACGGCCGUCGUACCAGUUGAACCUACACCAUUUGCCAAAACAGCUCGCAGUGCUGGUAUGAUAACAGCAGGUUUGGGAAGUCUUCCUGUUCUGGGAGUUGUCUCUCCCAAUCUCGAUUUCGCUGCAAUGACUACGACGUUUGCACUGGCUGGAAUAGUUGGAUAUCAUACUGUAUGGGAAGUUACACCAGCACUGCAUUCUCCUCUGAUGUCAGUAACAAAUGCGAUCUCGGGAACAACCGCUGCGGGAGCUCUUUGCCUUAUGGGAGAGGUAAGGAAUUUUUUAUGCAAAAUUGGUCUUCUGGCAACAACUCGCACAGGCUCUUUGCCACUAGGAGCUGCUUUCAUCUCUUCGAUCAAUAUCUGUGAGAUUCUGAUCACAAAGCGCAUGCUGGAUAUGUUCAAACGAGCAGCAGUUUCUACAGGAGAUCCACCAGAGUACAACUACAUGUACGCUGUACCAGCUGCAUUAUUUCAUUGGAGAGGCUAUUUACUACGGUUAGCACACGAAGCCCAUAUUGCUAGGUGCACCAUGCGCUCAUUCUCUCGCAUACCUUGGUUCAUCGCUUGCUGUGUUGGUGCAUUAGCAGGACUUUCAAGUCAAAAAACAUCACGUGUUGGCAACGCGUUAGGAAUGACUGGUGUAGCUGGUGGCUUAGCAGCCACCUUAGGAAUUCUGAAUCCUGAUCACGACACACUCAUUCAAAUGGGAAGUGCAAUCGGAUUAGGCUCGCUCAUCGGACUAGGAAUCGCUCAAAGAAUCAAGGUCUCAGAUCUGCCUCAAUUAGUGGCAGCAUUUCACUCAUUUGUAGGCUUGGCCGCAACUAUGACAUGCUUGGCAGAUUUCAUCGUGGAGCAUCCUCAUUUCCUUGCUGAUCCGAGCGCUCAUGCUGCUACAAAGGUAUCGCUGUUUCUUGGUGCAUACAUUGGUGGUGUGACGUUCACCGGCAGUUUGAUGGCAUACGGAAAACUUCAAGGUAUUCUUGGCUCAGCAGCCACCUAUCUUCCUGGACGUCACCUAAUUAAUUCUGCAUUAUUGGCUGGAAAUAUUGGUGCACUGGGUGUGUACAUGGUGAACGACGACUUCGCCACUGGUCUUGGAAUGCUUGGAACAACAGCUGGCCUCAGCAGUUUAAUGGGAGUAACACUGACGAUGGCCAUCGGAGGUGCUGACAUGCCUGUUGUGAUCACUGUGCUGAACAGUUAUUCUGGAUGGGCUCUAUGUGCUGAAGGUUUUAUGCUCGACAAUGAUUUGCUCACAAUUGUUGGUGCUUUAAUAGGAAGCUCCGGAGCUAUUCUUUCCUAUAUUAUGUGCAAAGCUAUGAAUCGCUCACUAAUUAGCGUCAUUCUCGGAGGUGUCGGAACGAAAUCCCAAGGAACUGGUAAAGCAAAAGCUAUCGAAGGCACAGCUACAGAAACUAAUGUUGCUGAGACUGUCGACUGGCUCCUAAAUGCCCAGUCUGUGAUUAUCGUACCUGGUUAUGGAUUGUGUGCCGCUCAAGCUCAGUAUCCGAUUGCUCAGCUCGCUAAGACCCUUGAACGAUCGUGGAGUCCGAGUGCGAUUUGCCGUCCAUCCCGUUGCCGGUUCGGUCGAAUGCCUGGACAGUUGAAUGUACUUCUUGCGGAAGCCGGAGUUCCUUACGAUAUUGUUGAGGAAAUGGAUGACAUCAAUGCCGAUUUUGACCAUACUGACGUGGCUUUAGUUAUUGGUGCAAAUGAUACCGUGAACUCGGCUGCUGAAGACGAUCCAAACAGUUCGAUAGCAGGAAUGCCCGUGUUGCGGGUCUGGCGUUCAAAGAAGGUAGUUAUAAUGAAGCGAACAUUGGGAGUCGGUUAUGCAGCUGUCGACAAUCCGGUAUUCUUCAAUGAGAACACUGCCAUGUUGUUGGGUGACGCGAAGAAAAUGUGUGAUCAACUUCUGUCCACGGUCGAGUCAACAUCAACCUAG